UGAACUGGGAUAAAAGCUGUAAACUAGAUCAUUCCGAGAGCUGAUGAGCAUAAGAAAGGAUAAGCCAAUAUGGCACCAAAUCGUGUCAGCCAGCGCAUACGGGUAGGUAGUUUUUCACUUUUUGUUUGCAAAUAAUGGUUUUUAGAAUUUAAGAUGUUUAAGAUGAAGCUUGAUUCUUGAACUAUUUUGUUAACGCGAACCAACUCUUUCCUUUGUCGGCGCCGCUUCUCACGUCAACGAAACUCAAAAGCGAAGUCAACGACAUGCACACGACAUAUAGGGACACUCAAGUUUGCCAGUGGAAAACCAGGCACAACUGUCAAACUUUAACAUUGUCAAUGAUUUCGAACUUUAUUAAUUUAAAAUCGUCUAACUGUCUGUAUCUUUCCAAUUUAAUACAUAUGAUAUGGCGGCGUAUAACGAGAGCGUCUGGUUCCUUAUUCCGGAAAUUCCCAUAAUGGGGCAUAUUCUAAUGCAGAAUGGCAUGAAACUUCGAUACAUGCUGGCCUUUAAACUAUAGAGUAUAGUAUAACAAUUCUCAUAUUCGACGAGAGUGAGUAGAAUAACUGUUUUAUUAUAUACACAAGGUCUGAAUUCACAGACUUUGCUUUUCGGAUAUAUUUCUAUUUUGUUUAUGUUUUUAUCUUCGCUCUUUCGGCCGAUUAUUUUUUCAAAAAUAUAUAUAUUUGGAAAUUUUAGGAUGGGAAAUUUUUUGAUAAGUCGGACAAUUUUUUCUGGCUUCCUAAUUUUUUCCUUCCCAUACACCUAGGGACAUAUUUCAUUUGUAAGAGGAUCUAGGAAAAUAAAAAAAAAACAAUAGGAACGCCGGAAAGUCGAUAAUUGGGGGGGGGGUAUUCAUAUUCAUGUUCUGCAUCAUUUAUUUCCUUUGAAAGCGAUUGUUUUUACAGUCUGUGAACACGAAUAUAUGAAUAUCAGCCCCCCCCCAAUUAUCGACUUUCCGGCGUCCCUGAAAAAAACACACGAAGAGGCUAUAUUAUUAGGACGAAAUCUAAUUUAAUCAGAUGCAUUAAUUUAAUACGAGUAGGGUAAUGUUUCGCCGAAUUUCCCAAGCAGAGGAUCUCGCUUCACGUCUAUAAAUGAUAAAUAUUACAUUUUCAUGAGAACAUCAUAUUUCACUAUUAGGCAAACCAUGUCGACCAAGUGGCAUGCUAUCCCCACGUGACGCGCAACGACAUCACUACAGCAAUGGACCGUUGCCCGCGGCAAUGUUACGACUGUCAACAUCUGGUACAGUUUGUGCAGUCAUUCGUCGCGCAGAUGUCCGACCAUGCAAGACAAAAUUGCAAAAUUGAAAUCGUUGCUGACCACUUUAUAAAGAUUUAUUGGUCAGAUUCAGGAUAUCAAGAAAAUCAUCUUGUCUUUAAGAUGGCCAACGGUCAACCACGUCUCACAACCAUGAACGAGAGCUGGAGAGUGUGGGCUGAGCGACGGGCUGGCGAGUUGUGGUCCUUCGCGACAAAUGCGGCAACGUAUGUAAUCCAGAGAGUCUCACAAGUAUUCGCGCCAAAUGGGUAUCCCAAUGACGCAAGCCACCAAUCUUCUUCACCAAAUAUUAACUGCACAUUUAUUUUUCUCUUAAAAACCUUGAUAUAUGCUUAGUUCAACGACUGUAUACCUCGCGAUGAUCCGAUAUUCGCAAUUCUUUAUCUAUAUACAUUUAUAUCUAGAUUUCAGUCGAUAUACUAUUAAAAUAGUUUAUAGUGGGGAGUGCCUCGCGUGGAACUUUGAGUCCUGUUGGACAUUUGAGUCCCGUGACCGCUCGGACAUUAUGCAAUAAAUUGAUUUAAUUUUAAUUUCAAUUAAAAAAAUUUAAAAAGUUAUUCGGUAAUAUGAGAAAUAAAUAAAAUUAAAUGAAAUAAGGGGUUGUUUAUUAGGGCGAGCCAGCCUGUGUACCCGAGCUGGCUUCGAUAAUUAUGGAUGACCCAAAAACAUUGAAAUUUCACGCAAUAGGCCUUUCCAAGGUUUCUGCCGCCAUAUUGCAGGGGUGCAAAAACAUUGGGGCGAGCGCGCGGCCACCAAUGGCGCCCAUACUAUUUCCUAUUGAGUGAGUGAAAAUUACCUUUUGACAUUUUGUCCUUUUUCUCAAAAAAUUUCUAUACAAGCAUAUCCAAUUUUUAUUUUUGGAUAAUCGCUGGGUUUUUUCUGAUAUGUGGCUGAGAUUUCUUACUAAUCGAGGGACAGGAAGUAAUAAAAAACGGCGGCUAUUGUUGCACACCUUGACCGACGUUUGAGCGAUGAUUCUUGUACAAAUAUACAAAUAUAAACAGUAAUAAUGGCGGACACCAAAGGACUCACACACUUAAUGGACAAAUAUUCUUCCAAAGAUCGGUUAAACAAACGAAAUAACAAGAAUCAUCGCUCAAACGUCGGUCAAGGUGUGCAACAAAAGCCGCCGUUUUUUAUUACUUCCUGUCCCUCGAUUAGCAAGAAAUCUCAGCCACAUAACAGAAAAAACCCAGCGAUUAUCCAAAAAUAAAAAUUGGAUAUGCUUGUAUCGAAAUUUUUUGAGAAAAAGGACAAAAUGUCAAAAGGUAAUUUUCACUCACUCAAUAGGAAAUAGUAUGGGCGCCAUUGGUGGUCCCGCGCUCGCCCCAAUGUUUUUGCACCCCCUGCAAUAUGGCGACAGAAACCGUGGAAAGGCCUAUUUCGAGUGACUCAUGUGAUUGUAAUUCCCCAAGUGACUGUCCCUUUAGAGAGAUUCAGAUUUGAGUUCUGCUACCAUUAAGCGAUCAUUAACCAAUCAGAUGCGUUUGAUAGAUCCGAUUAACCAAUCAGAUGCGUUUCAUAUAUCCGAUUAACCAAUCAGAUGCGUUUGAUAUAUCCGAUUAUCCAAUCAGAUGCGUCCUAAGCCAGUGAGAAAUAGCGGUAGCGAAAGCCAAAUCUGAACCUGUAUAUUACUUCGAGUAGGACCAAGAAAAGUGACCAUUCGAUAACAUUCUAUUACAAAAUAAUACAUUUAUGAUAAUUAGGAUUCCAUGAUUUCUUUUUCAUAAUCAAAACCGCUCAUAAUAUCGAUUGGAUUUUAAAAAUCUGUCUACAGCUACGUUAACGCUUCAAACUUGUCGGGCUGAAGUUUUACAAAUAGGCCUAAGAAAAAUUGGCAAUGUCAGACUGCAUAUAUUGCGCACCAGGGCUCGAAUUUUAUCGCGGCAAUCGCCGUAGAGGGAGAACAAAAUGCCGUGGAUCAUUGCGGCAACGACGGCAAUUUUUUGCCGUGUAGCGCAAUUUUUAUACUAUUCACUGUGCAUUACUACUUUGAUACUUGAAUUCAGAUGUUGAUCAAAUCAUGCAUAAAUCACUAUUUUAGUCUCAGUUUUCUUCGAAAAAAAACCCACUAAAGAAGUAGGUAGACAUAUUUCUAGCUUGUCAUAGAUCCAAAGUAACAAUAAAAUUAAAGUUUUAUUACAGUAAUUUGAAAAAUGCCGUGGAAACUGCCAAAAUUGCCGUAGACAACUGUUACGUUCUACGGCAAUUUUUAACGCCAUUGCCGUCGACUGAUUUCAGGGAAAUUCGAGGCCUGUUGCGCAAUGAAUAUGUACUAUUCAAAAUACGAGCAGGAGUGCUUUAUCAGAUAUAAAACACGAGUAACAGCCAAGUGUAUUAUAUCUGACAAAGCAUGGACUGUACAGUACGUAAGUGUUUUACAGUCAAACCGGAUGUUCUCUUGCAAGAAACAUUGCAAUAUUGUCCCACAAUAUUGCAAUUUUGAUAGGCAGAUUGCUCUGAGCAAUUUGCAACCGACGUGAACAAAUUGCAAGUUGGAAAUUCACAAAAGAUUUGUAAACAAAGCCUCUGAUUGGAUUAUAAGAGGGAAGCCAAUCAAAUAGUCUGAGCAACUGGAUUGGUGCUUCCCCCUUUCUUAUAGUAUAAUCAGAGGCUUUGUUUACAAAUCUUUUGCGAAUUUCAACUUGCAAUUUGUUCGCGUCGGUUGCAACUUACUCAGAGCUAUCUGAGUAUCUGCCUAUCAAAAUUGCACUAUUGUAGGACAAUAUUGCAAUAUUGCUCGCAAGAGUGUUAACAUCUGGUUUGACUGUAAAUGUCUUAAAAAAAUUACCCAUCUUAUGAGUUUAUUGGUGAAGUAAUUUUACAAAUAAACGUUGUCUAAGCUAAAGAUGAUUUUUGAUCACAUUUAAAACCACCGACAAGGUAGCGUUUUCCUUUUCCUUUUCUUCAUGGAUUAUUAUAUAAUGCGUUAAACUCUUUUCAAAGUACAAAACUCACAUUGUAAGAAACAUACAUGUAGUAAAUCUUGAAAUCAGCCCGACAAAAGGCAAUAUUCAAACGUACUGUAGCUCCAAAAUUCCAACUGAAUGUUUAUAUUCUACUCGUGGUGUAUACUUAUAAUUUGUAUAUUGAUAAAAGUGAAGUCUAAAGAAGGAGGGUCCCUAAGCAAUCACACUUGCUUAAUGUAGAGAGGUUCAUAAUUAUUGUUCAAAUAUCUCAAUUUUCUAACUCUUUGAUUUUGAGUGGUUCAUCAGCCACUGUAGAGUUAUAUCUACAAAACAAAAAAGGGAAUUUGAAAUUUAUGGAAUUCAAUUCCCAAUGACUUGAAAAAUUGUAAGUCAGGCAAAC